AAUGUUUGAAGAGAAAAUACCUAAAAAUCAUGGGCACCUUAACAUUAGAACAGUACGAGGAUGUGAAGAUAGACGUUCCCUGGGGCUAUAUCUCCGGUCGUUGGUAUGGGAAUAGAGCAGAGAGACCGAUCCUAGCUAUUCACGGCUGGGUGGACAACUUGGGCACCUUCGAUCCCCUGAUUCCGCUGCUCCCCGACUACCUAGGGAUACUCUGCAUCGAUCUUCCCGGCCAUGGGAGAUCAUCGCACUAUCCAUCGGGAGUGCGUUAUAGCUCCGAGGAAUACAUUCACGUGAUUCCACGGAUUAUGAGGAGGUACGGCUGGCAGAAAGUCUCCCUGAUGGGCCACUCAUUGGGCGGAUUCCUCGGCUUUUGUUACACCUCUCUCGCUCCGGAAACGGUGGACAUGGUGAUCUGCCUGGACUUGUUGCUGCCGCCUUUCCUGAAACCCAAUGAUACCAUCAAGUGGAUCAGGCUCAGCCAGGAGAAGCACCUCGAGCUGGAUGAGCAAAUUGGUCAAGAGAAACCAGUGCGUUCCAAGAAAGACCUUGUUAAGUUGAUUGAAAAGGAGUCCUUUAAAUCUAUAUCGCCAUCUGUGGCCCAUCACCUGCUGCAUCGCGUUGCUCAACAUUCGGAAACUCAUCCAGAUAAGUUUAUAUCCACCAGAGAUGAUCGGGUCAAGUACUUCACCAAACUCUACCUUUCGAGCAAAGAGCUGGCGGCAAAAAUGGCAGAAAGGCUUAAUCCAAAGCCAUUUCUCAUUUUAAAGGGCAGCAAGUCAGAAUCUAUAGGUCCGCACAUGUCCGAGGUUAUUUCCCUUAUGGGACGCAACAAUCCGGAUUUUCAGUUUCACGAAGUUGAGGGCACACACCACUUCCACCUACUAGCAGCCAAGGAGUGUGCGAGGUAUGUGGUACCCUUUAUAAGGCGAUAUCAUACUCCUGGUAAAGACCCCGUGAGUGUGAGAUCUACUGAAAGGAGCAAACUGUGAA